AUGGUUAAUAAUACUUAUUUGGAUGAAUAUUCAGUGGUUCGCAAAGGAGUAAUGAUUAACAAAGAUGUUAUUGCACCUGGAAAAAUGAGAAGAAAGAUUUUCAACCAACGCAUCAUUCUUCUUGAUUGGCCUCUCGAAUUUAAGAAAGGCGAGAACCAAACAAAUGCUGAGUUGCUUAAAGAAGAAGAUUGGGGAGUCCUGCUACAAUUGGAAGAAGAAUACAUCGAGAGGCUAUGUGUGCAAAUAUUGAAGUUUAAACCAGAUGUGGUUAUCACAGAAAAGGGGCUUAGUGACUUGGCAUGCCAUUAUUUUAGCAAGGCCGGCGUCAGUGGAAUGAGGAGGUUGCGGAAAACAGAUAAUAACCGAAUUGCCAAGGCUUGUGGGGCUGUAAUUGUUAACAGACCAGAUGAAUUGCAACAGUCUGAUGUUGGUACAGGCGCUGGGAUAUUUGAGGUUAAGAAAAUUGGUGAUGAGUUUUUUGCAUUCAUUGUUGAUUGCAAAGAGCCUAAAGCAUGUACUGUACUCUUGAGAGGUCCUAGUAAGGAUCUUUUAAAUGAAGUGGAAAGGAAUUUGCAGGAUGCCAUGUCUGUAGCAAGAAACAUCCUCAAGAAUCCGAAACUUGGUCCUGGUGGUGGUGCUACACAGUUAACUGUAUCUGCUACAUUGAAGCAAAAGAGUUCAUCUGUGGAAGGUAUAGAAAAGUGGCCGUAUGAAGCUGCUGCUAUAGCUUUUGAGGCUAUACCACGUACUUUGGCUCAGAAUUGCGGGGUGAAUGUGAUUAGAACAAUGACGGCGCUGCAGGGAAAGCAUGCAAAUGGUGAAAAAUCAUGGAUUGGCAUUGAUGGUAACACUGGUGUGAUAACUGAUGUGAAAGAGAAAAAGAUAGAUAUGGGAUGCCUACAACGUGAAGGCCCAGAGUUUUAAAACGGCCAUAGAAGCUGCUUGCCUACUUCUCAGAAUCGAUGACAUUGUGUGUGGGAUGAAGAAGAAGCAGCCUCCUGGUGCCAAACCUCCUUCCAAGCCUCAAGUUGAGACAGAAGGCGAUGCAGAUAAUGAGCAAAUAAUUCCGGAGUGCUUAUCGAGAGCACGUGGUUAUCUCAGUUUGAAUGAAGUUUUGCUUUAAAGAAGAAAAAAAAGGAGCAUUAUAAGUUUGAUGAGGAUAUUUUUUAGGUUUGUAAUGUCACCUUAACUUGGUAGUGUGUGUUUUGUCCCUCUUCUUUCUUUCUCAAUCGACGAGGGGUGGGAAAGAAGAGAAGUCUUCUUAUUGGAGAAUGCUAAUGUUAGUUUCACAUGUCAUCUGUGUAUCGAACACAAUUUCUUUGUUCAACUUCGUGGAUUGGCACA